AGGAAACUUCCUCUCAAGUAAACCAGUGGGGAAAAAAAAUUAAACAAAAUUGACCAAGUGUGAAAUGGGAAGGAAAACCCAUUUAUACUCCUUGUGAAGAAGUUCAUCACCAUCUUCAAACCACCCAAGAAGCAAGCCCAGAAAAAUGGCAGCUGCUGCCAAGCUUCUCUUUGUUGCGCUUUCUUUCUGCAUCCUUGUAACAGGGAGGAGCCAAAUCUGCAACCUCUCAACUGUUCAAGUUCAGCAAACCAACACUGGAGGGAAGAAUGGCUAUGAUCCUAUAUUUGAGGUGGAGGUGAAGAAUCUCUGCCGAUGCGAGCUGACGAAUGUGUUCUUGCAUUCGGAGGGAUUCGCCAGCUCUAUGGCAGUUGAUCCCAAGUUAUUUCGACAAGAGCUUGGUGGCUACCUUGUGAAUGAUGGAAAGGGAAUUCCCAGCUUGAUGUCUGUCAAGUUCCAGUAUGCAUGGGAUAGGGCCUUCAAGAUGGCUCCUUCAGCCUUGCAGGUUAGCUGCCAGGAAAGUAGGAAGGAAUUAUUGAUGGACACAGUGUAAGGGAUGAUCCAAUUAAUGUUCUUAUAGUUGUCUGGGUUCAACACAGUAAUAUGAACCUAGGUUUGCUUUUUGUUGCUGUCUUAUCUAAAGUUUGUGACAAAGUUAAUCUUGUGCAAACAAAGUUUGCCCUAUGUGAUUUUCUGGUCUUGCGAAUGGGGUUAUCUGGAUUUAUUAAUCUUAGUAUAAACUGAAAUAUGAAA